UCUGAUAUAUCACAAGAAAAAUACAAUAUUCCAUAACAAUAGACGAUUCUCAAACUUCUCAUUUCCCCUUUGAGCUAGCUCUUUUUAAUUUGUUCCCCAUAUGGCACGCUUAGCCUUUGUGCUAGCUUGUGCUCUAGCCCUAUUGGCUUCCUCAGUAGCCUCUGGUGCAAUUGUUGAGCAUUCUUUUAAUGUGAACAACCUAACUGUUAGCCGACUGUGCCGAAAUCAAUCGAUUACUGUAGUAAAUGAGAGUUAUCCAGGACCAACCAUAUAUGCACGAGAUGGAGACACACUUAUCGUCCACGUUUUAAACCAGUCUCCCUAUAACAUUAGUAUUCACUGGCAUGGAAUCUUUCAACUUCUGAGUCCAUGGGCGGAUGGGCCUACAUAUGUAACUCAAUGCCCUAUACGCCCCGGACAAAGUUAUACUUACAAAUUUAAUAUCACUGGACAAGAAGGCACCCUUUGGUGGCAUGCCCACAUUUCGUGGCUUCGUGCAACUGUCCACGGAGCGCUCAUAAUCCACCCGAAAGCCGGUCGAUCCUUCCCCUUCCCCAAGCCCGCCAAAGAAGUUCCCAUCUUGUUAGGAGAGUGGUACAAUGGCAAUGUGGUCGACAUUGAGGAAGAAGGCCUAUCUAAAGGAAUUGCUCCUAACAUUUCAAAUGCUUACACCAUCAAUGGACUUCCCGGUGAUCUUUAUGACUGCUCUCAAAAUCAAUCAUAUCAGUUAAGUGUGGUGAGAGGAAAGACCUACCUGCUACGCUUAAUUAACGCUGGACUCAAUACCCAGCUCUUCUUCAAGAUAGCCAAUCACAAGAUGACAGUUGUCGCCAUCGACGCUACCUACACCACUCCUUAUGUCACCGAUGUGGUGGUUACCGGACCCGGUCAGACCACAGACGUUCUUGUCAAAUUCAAUCAACCUAUUGGAUCUUAUUACAUGGCCGCCACUCCAUACGCUAGCGCUAGUGACACCAUCGACUUUGAUAACUCAACCACCAGAGGCAUCAUUAUCUACAAGGGCUCCAAUUCAUCAACCCCCAUUAUGCCCCCAAUGCCCAACCCUCACGACACGCCAUUGGCCCAUAAGUUCCUCACCAAUCUUACCAGCCUCGCCGGUGGGCCCCAAUGGGUCCCAGUCCCACUCAAGGUGGACGAGCACAUGUUCGUGACAAUCGGCGUCAACUUGGAGAUGUGUCCAGAAAAUGCCACAUGUCAAGGUCUAUUCAAUAACCGACUAUCCGCAAGCAUGAACAACGAGUCAUUUGUGCUCCCAAGUAAUACAUCCAUGUUGGAAGCACAGUUUCACAAUGUGAGCGGGGUUUACACCAGAGACUUUCCUGACGAGCCUCCAGUCAAAUUUGACUACACGGACACAAACAUCAGCCUCGACCUAUCACUGAUAUACGCGCCAAAAUCGACCAAGGUCAAGACGCUGAAAUUCAAUUCAACAGUGGAGGUGGUGCUUCAGAACACAGCGUUUUUGGCCAUCGAGAACCACCCGAUGCAUCUCCACGGCUUCAAUUUCCACGUGUUGGCACAAGGGUUUGGAAAUUACGACCCAAUUAAUGACCCCAAAAAGUUUAACUUCGUUAAUCCACAAAUACGUAACACAAUUGGUGUGCCGGUCGGAGGAUGGGCUGUGAUUAGGUUUCAAGCAAAUAAUCCUGGUAUAUGGUACAUGCACUGUCAUUUGGACGUGCAUCUGCCAUGGGGGCUGGGAAUGGCCUUUGAGGUUGAAAAUGGACCGACGCUAGAGUCUACUUUGCCUCCACCACCACUUGAUUUGCCCAAAUGUUAGAAGUUGUUCGGAAGAGACCUCAAAAUAUUCUUUCAAUUGUAUUCUUUAAAUUAUAAUAUCGUGGUCAAUUUCUUUCGUUCGGUUACAAAUAAAUAAUUUUGUAGUAAAAGUAGUAACAAAUGUAUUGUAUAAGUAGGUCAUCAUUGUUUACUAAAGCCACAACAUAUUAUUUAAUUACUAAUAUUGUUUUUUUACUCA